AUUUCCCAAGGGAAAUACACGUCAAAACGACACACAGGAGGCGCUGCGGUGUUUGAGAUUAUCGUUUGUAAACAACAGUCAUGUCGAGUGGCGAUUCAAUAACAAAUUAAUAAAUUAGCCUGUUUACCGCACAAUUGCAGCCAAAUACCCAAAUUAAACGCUGGAAUUGGGUAGGAAAACUGCUGAGCAGUCAACCGGUAAGUGAUUUUUCCGUAUUUUGGUGUGUUUUUAGCACUAAAUUGUUGUUCUCAUUCCAGCCUUAACCAGCCGCGAUGGAUUCACGGAAAUGUGUUGUUCCGGGGUGUAAAAAUCGAAGUGGACCAGGAUCAGCUACUUUAUUUUUUCCGGUUCCUGCUAAAAACAACAAAGUUUUUAAGAAGUGGUGCGUUUUCACGGAACUAGGUGGAGAACGAGACGAAAAAAUAUGCAAAGCACACUUUCGGGAUAGUGAUUUUAUCACAUGUAAGUAUCACAUAUCAGCGCCAAAUUCCGGGAAUUAUGACAGAAUGCUGUUGAUAUUAUAGACUCACGCCGGAAAGUGAAGGACACCGUGGCCCCAUCAAGAUGUUUACCGGAUAAGCCCCCGUUUGUAAGGCAGAACGGGUAUUGCUGUAUUGCUACAUGCAAAAGUAAAAUGCUGAGGACUCUUCUACCGUUUCCCGCACGGAAGAACCUGCGCUCCCAUAAGCAAUGGAAAAAAGUUUUACAUUUACCGGAAACUGAAGCCACUGCGGGAUUGAGGAUUUGUCCAAAACACUUUCAACCAACUGAUUUCGUUACAGUGAAAUCAUAUUAUCUGAGGCCCCACGCAAUACCCAGUUUACGUGUACAGCGCUUGGUGAAAUGUCCUCGAAGGCGAAUUCCGAAUGUAACAGCUGCUUCCGCACAGCUGGAGGACCAUUCUUAUUUUAAAGAUUGUUUUAUACCACGAAGCAAUCGUAUCUGUUCCGUCGUUGGAUGCAAAUUGCGAGCUGGAAACAGUGUUCAUUUACACACUUUUCCGAAGGAUAAACAUCGCUACAAAGAAUGGAAAAGAGUGUUACGAAGUGCAAAACAACCAUCAUCGAAUGCUAGAGUAUGCAGCAAACAUUUCACUAAAAACGACUUCAUAACAGGAUCUGAACGUUUAAAGAAAACUGCCAUUCCAUCGAAAAACUUACCUCAGGUGGCUGAGCUAGACAUUAGCGUUAACGAGUAUAUUAUACCGAGGAAAUCGUACCGGAAGACCAGAUUCCCUGUGGAAAGGGAACGGAAUGAAACUUCUUUCACGUCAUCUGCAAUAUCCAGCUAUGGGGCUGCUGCAUCGAUUGAAGAGCUGAGUAGUUCGCUCGAUCAAACAAGGAUUUCCGAUGUGAACAACAAUGUAAACGAACAGUAUGAGCUUUCGGAAACUGCUCCUACUGAAACCAACAAGGAUGGAAGUAACGCCGAUUUCAGACAAUGCCCAACGUGUAUGAAGAGGAAUGCAGUAACAACGCUAGUAAAGGCCGCUGACAUCCCAAGUACGUCUACCAAUCGAGACACAAUUUUACCCGACAUGCUUUUCACGAAUGAAUCAUUGAAUACUUGGACUGGACUACCGACAACGGAACUUCUAGAAGAAAUCUGUUUGGCUGUCAAGAAAAUGGAGAAUGUGUAUCCACGAAAAUUUUCUAUGAACUGCACGGAUCGAGUAAUUCUGGUGUUGGUUAAAUUGAAACAAAACCUGAGUUUUGCAGCCAUUGGAACACUAUUUCGGAUACACGCAGCUACAGUAGCAAAUUAUUUUUCGCAUACUGUUCAGAUCUUGAGUACAGUUCUCCAAGCAUUUGUAUAUAUGCCACCGAAGGAAGAAAUCCGAAAAAACAUUCCCCUCUGCUUCAGAGGAUUUUCUAAUGUUACGAUCAUCUUGGACUGUACAGAAGUACCAAUAGGUACACUCAACUGUCUGAAUUGUCGAAUAGCUACAUAUUCGCAGUACAAAAGUAGAAGGACAGCUAAGUUUAUGAUCGGUGUAACCCCUGCAGGACUUAUUUCCUACCGAAGCAAAGCAUACUCAGGAAAAGCUUCCGACAAAUAUAUAUUCAACGCGGAGAAGCUGAUCGACCAUCUUUAUCCUCAUCUUGACGAGGUCAUGGUGGACAAAGGCUUCAUGAUAGAGAAUGAGUUGUCUACAAAGGGAAUCAAGCUUCAUAGGCCACCAUUCAUGAAAGGCAGUCGGCUAUCACCAUCAGAGGCCUACUUAAACGAAGCCAUAGCAAAAGCACGAGUUCACGUUGAGCGCAUAAUGCAACGAAUAAAAACCUUCGCAAUAUUUCAAGAUACACUAGAAGUGUAUAUGUUAGGUUACACUGACGAAAUGAUGUCAAUAGUCUGUGGACUAGUAAAUUUAACGAAACCAAUUCUUCGCGAUGACAAAUUUUGACUUGUACCGUGUUUCUCUUCUGUCGUAUAUACAAAUAAAGAAUAAAUCGAAAUAGUUUUCGUUAAUUAAAAUGUGUAGAAUUAAACCAAACUGGUGUGUGUUAUUUUAAAUACU